AUGGAGCAUACAUGUAGUGGAAGGUUUGGAUGUGCAGAAAUGAACAGCGAAAGCGACAAGCCCGAGUCUUCCUCUGGGAAUUUUCUCAAGACGGUUCAGCCUCUUCGCGACCUCGAGUCGAAUUGGACCGUAGAUUUGGCGAAGAAUUUGGAGGAGUAUUUGCUCAAUAUCUGCUCUGGCCAGAUUUCAGGCUACGAAGAUGCCAUUUUCUCUGUAAAUUUUGCCGAAGCUGCAUUGGUGCUUCAAGGAUCUGUUCAGGUGUACAGUAGGAAAGUGGAGUAUUUGUAUUCAUUGGUCUUGCAUGCUUUGGAUUUUAUUUCACAUAAAAGUCCAGAAAAUGACGCAACCAAUGAAUCCGGCCAAAAUGGAGCAACUGAUUCACAUACUUCAAAGCACGAGGAGGAUGAUGAGUUUUGGGUUUCAGAUGAUAUACCGGUCGACCCAAAGAAUUUAUUGGAUAGUGCAGCCUGUCGGGAGCCUCCCAGUCAUUUUGUGAGGGCCCCUGCAAAUCUAGUCGUUCUUGAAGGCGAAUGCUUAGAUGCUGGUGAUGCGGGAGAGCUAGAAUCUUAUCUGUUAGGUGCGAGUGAUCUUUAUGGGGAUUUCAUUCUUCUGGAUACUUGUGACGCCAUUGCCGUCGACAAUUUUCUCAGUUCAAAAGCUGGCAGUGACCCAACAAACAUUCACUGGGGCAGUUCUGUAAUUUCUAAAGGACGCAAGAGUUUCCUGUCGCCAUCGAGGCAAUCUGGGGGAGCUGGACAAAAAUCGUCUGUUAAAAAACCUCAGGAUGCUAAUCUGGCCCAGUCUCCUUGUGUUAAUCAUGGAUUUGAGCCUAAUGCCAGCAAUAUCAGGAGUUCCCCUGCCACUGACUUUCCUGGUAUAAAUGAUGAUUUUGGGAUGGGAGAUCGAUAUUCAGAACAUGGAGAUAUGCAUGUUGAUGAUGAUGAUGACGAUGACGAUGAUGACCCAUGGAAACCUUUGAAUCCUCAUGAACCUGGGAAUCUGAAAAUUAAGCCUUAUAAAAAAGUGAAAGCUAAUACGAGGCUACAGGUUGGCUCGAAGAAGCAUAUUUCCUUAACUUCAGAAUUUCCACUUGCAAAACUCUCUGGUCCCGUUAGCACUGAACUAACUGAAAUAUGGGAAACAAAAUUUGGAGCUGCAGAAAGAUUAGGAAAAAUGGGAACACUUUAUGAGAAGCUGAGGCAAACACUUGUGGAGGAGAGGAAAACAAAUGAUGCCUUUGAUAAAGGCAAAAGCAACGAUGAAGACAAUGGAUAUGAUAGUGGGGAUCCAGAUACUGGGCCACCUGAUUUUGACAUGCCGGAUAAUACAUUCAACAAUGACAAUGUACCUCCAUAUGAAGAACAGCAGGAAGUUCCAGAUGUUAAUGCAAAUCUCGAAGAUCUUUGCCGCUCUCACUUGGAUUCUCUUCUUGCUACGCUUGCUGAAAACGAGAAACAGACGGAAAUGGCCGCUCGAGUUUCUACUUGGAAACAAAGAAUUGAGCAGGACCUGGAAGAACAAGAUGCCCGACCACCGUUUGACAUCCACAAGUACGGGGAAAGAGUUAUUGAUAAGUUAUCAAAGAAAGGAGGAGAUGAUGCAAACAAAGCAUUAUCAUUUGGAGAUGUAGUCAAGGGUCAACAGAAGCAUGAUGUUGCAAGAACUUUUUCCGCUCUUUUGCAAUUGGUAAACAAUGGAGAUGUCGAUUUGGUGCUAAACGGCCAAAAAACUGCAUCGACUUGCCAUUCAGAUGCAAAUCCUUUCUAUGUUCGUCUACUGAAAAAUGAGAGGAAAAAGGGAAUACUACUUCAGUCAUCUAAGAAGAGGGCCAAAUCUCCUGUAAUGAAAGUACAUGGCAAUGCCAAAAGCAGGAAGGGGAAAGAAAAUCUCCCUGCUGUUAGUUCAUCACCUCAAGGAUCUAACUCGAGUUUUAAAUUGUCCGUAAGUCUGGGAAAACAGAGCAGGUCUAGAUGCACCCCCGAGGGCAAGAAGAGACGAAAAUCUCGAUUAGUUGCACCUUUAGACAUGAAUUUUGUGGGAUAA